AUGAUGCAAUCAGUUACCAUUCAGAACAUUCCAUUGGCGGCGCCGCCGGACUGGCGCCUGCUGCGCUUGAUGACGACGCAGUCGCUGGUCAACCGGCCACAGCUGCAGUCGGUCAAUCAGUUGCCGGAGUGGCCGGAGGCAGUCCACAAGUGGCAUCGGGUGGAACAGGAGCAAUUGGUAGCUCGAAAGGAUCAAAUGGAGCUGGAACUGCAAAUGGACCAGGUCCGGGUAUUAGCACAGCUGGAAGUGGAACAGGAGGAGGAGGAGCAGCAGCAGCAGGCGGUCGGGACCGCUGCCCACACUGGACCUAGCAACACUGGGGCUCUGGGAGCAACUGGCGGUCUCGGUCAAGUCGGACAGAUUGGCAGCUCGUUGUGCGGUAGCUCAGGCACAACGGGCAGCUCGAAUGAACUUGAUCAGGUGGCAUGA